AUGGCUGAAUCUUCUUCCGAACCUUCUGCUGCGCCUGCUAUUCCAACCAAUAAACCGUGGCUUCUGAAACCCAAAUAUCCUGGUCCAUCUGCUUUUUUCUAUGCCUAUCUACCCGAGGAUGAGUAUUAUAUGGUCGGCGGAACCGACAACGACCCGUCUGUGAGGUCCGAAUGCGAGUACUAUGGAGGUCGUCAAGCUCUUCUAAACAUCGUGGAACAAACUUUCCUGGAACUCAAUCCAAGGAUCUACCAAAGCAUGAAAGCAGCAAAGUCGUACAUCUUCAAACGCGAAAUCCUCAAUCAAAUGCAAAUGCUGACAAUGAACGCAAACUUCCGAAUGACUCAGGAUAACGUCCCGAUUUUGAGAAUGAUGGCGAUUUAUAUGCGGACCAAAGACGAGAUGAUGGAGGGCAAUUUGGAAUUUGUGCCCUAUGAUGAAGACAAGCUGGCGGUGUUUCAAAAGCACGUCACCGAUAGAUUCAGACUGGCGAGGCAUACGGGUAGAAAGUUUAAAAUAACGCAGAAGAAGCAGAAGACGAUUGAAUAUGUUUUCGAGACAAUCAAAGCGAUGAUGCCAGUCAAUAAAUAUGAUCCAGAAUUUACAAGCCUCCGCAAAGUCCUGAUAAUUAGUCACGAGGAACGACCAGUGCACAAUAACCAUACGUUUUAUGACUACUUGAUUAACAUGAUGUAUAUUAUCACUGUCGAAUUCAACAAUUUUAUCAAUAACAACAAGUCGUGGUUCACUCCUUAUCCUGUAGUUCAGGGUCCAAAAACUGCUUUCGUUCGUUUGUUCAAGGAGGAAAAAAACAGUUAUGUUCUUGGAUUUGAGCUGUUGAGAGAGAUGAAACGGUGUGAAAUGGAUACUGUACAGCUCGAGGAGAUUCUCCAGGAUAAAAGACCAAUGUAUUGUCUUGAUAUCCGGAUCGUGCUUUCGCUCAAGCUUCAAAACUUGGAGCUCGUUGUCAGCAAGAAUCUGAAAGCUUUCAAAACGCCUAUCUGGAUUCCAUUGGUAGAUGGCACAUUCUGUCUCCAAGCUGAAGACAUGAUUCAAUUUUUCGUUUACCGGAUCCACAAUGCGAAAUAUUUCCAAAACGCAUCAACUGAAAAACGGGACAAAAUUCUUGGAGCUUUCAGUUUCAUUAAAACGACUUUGGAGGAUUUGGAGAAAGGCUAUCGUUUGGUACUCCAGUCGGAUGUCGAAAAGAUCAAAGACGGGAUUCUGGAGUAUUUCAAAAAUAAUAAAAUCUCUCCACCUGCUGAAAAGAUUGAAGUUCGACAAAUUGAUGAGGGAUUGUGGACUGAAAAUAAUUUGGCGGAGGAGAUCAAACAUCUCAAAUUGGACGAGCCAUUCCCGGAUAUGGUGAAGUUUGCAGAAAACGUAUUCAAGUUUGAAAAGUUGGAACAUUUCCGUACACUCGAUCUGUGCUCAGCUGUGGAGAUUUGUCAGUUCUUUUGUAUUACAAGAGUGGACGAGAACACCCGAACCUUUUACGAACUGGAGGACUCGUGGUUUGAGGAAAUGUCAUCAGAGGUUCCUGGACUAGCAGAUUUUAAAGCUGAGCCUAAGGAUUCAAAAGCGGCAUCUGAAGCAGCACCAAAGAAAUCUGAAGCGACACCAAAGGAAUCUGAAGCAAAAUCAGUGGAUUCUGAAGUGGCACCAGCGGCUCAUGAAGCGACACCAACGGAAGCUGAUUCUGAAAAGAAGCCAAAGGACUCUGAAGCGGCUUCAAUGGAUUCUAAAGUGACACCAGCGGAUUCUGAAGCGGCACCUGCGAAUUCUGAAGCUGAAAAAGCGGAUUCUGAAGUGUCACCAAAGGAUGUUGGAGCGGCACCAGCUGAUUCUGGAGCAGCGUCAAAGGAAUCAGAACCAGCUCAAGCGGCACCAGCGGAUGAUUAA